AUGCAGGGUUUGAAGCUGAACAGAGUCCAAGAGUUUAAGUACCUUGGUUCCACAUUGCAAAGCGACGGGGCAUCAGACAAGGAGGUUGGUAAGAGGAUACAGGCGGGAUGGAAUGCUUGGAGAAAGAUCACUGGGCUGCUAUGCGACAGACGGGUCCCAGCAAAGCUGAAGGGCCGGAUAUUUAAGACAAUAGUACGACCGGCGAUGCUGUAUGGGAUGGAGGCAGUCGCGGUAACGAAGGGACAAGAGAGGAAGAUGGAAGUAGCUGAGAUGAGGAUGCUACGAUUCUCACUAGGGAAGACCAGGCUAGACCGGGUACGAAACAGCACCAUUAGAGAGGCAAUUGGGGUAGGCGAAUUAGAGAAGAAGCUGAGGGAGUGCAGGUUGAGAUGGCUAGGACAUGUGUUUCUUCGUACCAAGAAGUCUCUGGGGCAACACUCCUUUUUUAGAAGGCUUACAUGUUACCCUGACAACCAGUAG